AUGAAGGGAGUUUCUUCUACUCUGGGGAAUGGCAUUAUCAUCACUACCAGGAGUAAAAAGGUUGCUUCAACUGUUAACCCAUUUUAUAAUUAUCCAGUGAAGGGCUUAUCACAUGAAGAGUGCUGGUCCAUAAUCAAAACAAAAGCUUUUGAUGGGAAUGCAGAAGUUCCAUCCGGAUUUGAGACGAUUGGGAAAGAGAUUGCGAAAAGAUGUCAGGGUUUGCCAUUGGCUGCCAAAGUGGUUGGGGGUGUGCUUUGUCGCUGUAAAUCCGUACAAGAUUGGCGCUCCAUCAAAGAAAAUUGGCUUUCGGAUGGUGAAGGAGGUGAAACUAUUUCAACAAUAUUGAAAUUGAGCUAUGAUCACCUGUCUUCACCGUCACUCAAGAAGUGCUUCGCUUAUUGUUCGAUUUUCCCCAAAGGAAAGGUAAUUGUGAAGGAGGAGCUGAUUGAACUUUGGAUGGCAGAAGGGUUUCUUCAACCUAUCGGAAGAGAUGAUAUGGAGUCUGUGGGCAACAUGUUUUUGAAUGUGCUUCUACAGAACUCAUUAUUGCAAGCUGCAGAGGCAGAUUUUUAUGGAAGGGAAUGUUGUAUGAUGCACGAUCUUGUGCAUGAUCUUGCAUCUUCUGUUUUAUACACUAAUAAUACAGAUGGCAGCACUAUAGUUCGAUACAAGUUUCACGAAAAAGAUUCAAGUGAUAUUCCAGAAGAAGUGUCGAGAAAUUUGCGUACAUUAUUGCUCUGGGGAGGUGGAAACUCUGGUACCAUAUUCUCUAACUUCAAAAGUCUGCAUAAUCUAACUCUUUAUGGUUAUCGUUAUAAAGAGUUGUCCAGUUCAAUUAGGGAAUUGAUACAUUUGAGAAAUCUCAAUAUUUCUUAUACAUCAAUUGCAAACAUUCCCGAGUGGAUUGGCAUCUUUAUCUACAUUGUGAGAACGGAGUUGCCUGCAGAGAUUGGGAGAUUAACUAGUCUCCAAACACUUGAGAAGUUUAAUGUGGGAAAAGAGAAGGGCUACCAAAUUGAAGAGCUCGGAAGUUUGAAGAAUCUCAAAGGAACGCUAGAGAUUAAGAAUCUUGAAAGGGUGCGUGACAAGGAAGAGGCUAUGAAAGCAAAUAUGUUGGAGAAGUCAAACUUGUCUAAACUGGUGUUUAGUUGGGAUGAGAGAGUGUGA